AUGAAUUGGACUUACGGCUCCAACUUCCUGGACUUAGAAAGGGCAGCAAAAACUGACAGUAACAGCUGCAACCCCUUAAAUACCAGCAUUAACUGCAGAACAACCUUGAACUGUCCAACAAUAAAAACCAUUGACAAGACAACAGCCUCCGACUCUACACCCACCUCAGCCACAGCUGGGACCAGCACCACAUCCAACUCUACACCCGCCUCAGCCACAGCUGGGACCAGCACCGCCUCAGACUCUACACCCGACUCAGCCACAGCUGGAACCAGCACCACCUCUGACUCUACACCCGCCGCAGCCACAGCUGGGACCAGCACUGCCUCAGACUCUACACCCGCCUCAGCCACAGCUGGGACCAGCACAGCCUCAGACUCUACACCCGCCUCAGCCACAGCUGGGACCAGCACCGCAUCCGACUCUACACCCGCCUCAGCCACAGCUGGGACCAGCACCGCCUCAGACUCUACACCCGCCUCAGCCACAGCUGGGACCAGCACCGCAUCCGACUCUACACCCGCCGCAGCCACAGCUGGGACCAGCACAGCCUCAGACUCUACACCCGCCUCAGCCACACCUGGGACCAGCACCGCAUCCGACUCUACACCUGCCUCAGCCACAGCUGGAACCAGCACAGCCUCAAACUCUACACCCACCUCAGCCACAGCUGGGAACAGCACCACAUCGGACUCUACACCCGCCGCAGCCACAGCUGGAACCAGCACCACCUCUGACUCUACACCCGCCGCAGCCACAGCUGGAACCAGCACCACAUCCGACUCUACACCCGCCUCAGCCACAGCUGGGACCAGCACAGCCUCAGACUCUACACCCGCCUCAGCCACAGCUGGGACCAGCACCGCAUCCGACUCUACACCCGCCUCAGCCACAGCUGGGACCAGCACCGCAUCCGACUCUACACCCGCCUCAGCCACAGCUGGGACCAGCACCACAUCCGACUCUACACCCGCCUCAGCCACAGCUGGAACCAGCACCGCAUCCGACUCUACACCCGCCUCAGCCACAGCUGGGACCAGCACAGCCUCAGACUCUACACCCGCCUCAGCCACAGCUGGAACCAGCACCACAUCCGACUCUACACCCGCUUCAGCCACAGCUGGGACCAGCACCGCCUCAGACUCUACACCCGCCUCAGCCAUAGCUGGGACCAACACCGCCUCUGACUCUGGCUGGACAACCACGCAUAGCAGUUCUAACCUGGCAGUGUCUACUGGAACAUACACCACUUCCAAACACACCCACCCAAUUGCACCUCCAGUGAAAGAGGUGAAAUCCAGGGGGGCCCUGAAGCCUUGGGAAAUCUUCCUCAUCGCCCUGGCCUCUGUUGUCAUGGCCUUGGCACUCUUUGCUGGGGUCUUUUUUUUCGUGAGAAGAUACCUGUCUCUGAGAAAUGGUGCCGACAUAGCUUUCUACAACCCCCACAACUCCAACCUUUCUCCUGGAGAAACCCAUACGCCUCCAGGGAGCCCUACCUGGUCCUGGAGGAGACCAGUAAUCGCUGGGGUCAUGGAGAUGAACGGGAAAUAA